AACUGCGUUUCCUCAGCCAAUGACGACGAAGCAAGAUGUAACGUACCUGUUAAGAAUCGUGACGUACACAAUUCAGCCAAUAAGAAUGAAGAUGGACAUACCACAGCCAGUGAGAAGGGAGAUAUCUGUCACACAGCCAAUAAGGAAGGAGAAAGCUGUAAUAUCGAUUGGACAGCUGAAUUAACCGAAGACGAUAUGAGUUUGAAAAGUCAAAUAUCAAAUUCUAGUGCGACAACUAGUUUGGAAGUGGAAAUAAAAUUGCAGAAACUGUCGAGCAGUGACAUUCAGAACGUCUCUUAUAAGAUAAAGAGUUUGUCGUGGAACGAAGACGCAACGAGGCAUGAUGUGUGCAAUAAUGUUGACAAUUGUUCACACGAAAAUCUGUCUGAGAAUCAUAAAGUUGUUUCUCAUGAGAGAGAUGCUCAUUCAGUCUCAAAUCGGUUCACUUGUACCCAAAUUAUCUCUGAGGAAAUGGAAAAUGCUCCAAUUGAAUGUAAAUGUAAAGAUUUCGAUGAAUCGUCGCAACAUGGGAAGACCCUUCCAACACAGAACAAACGCAAAGUUUGACAAAAGAGCAAAAUAUUUCCAACUCAGUUCAAUAUUUAUCCACGAAGAAAGACCCUAAUGGCUAUAUUUCAGAAAUAAAUCCUAUUUCAAAGAAGGAUCGUUCUUACAAUAAUCAACUAGAUGAUUGCAAACAGGAAGAAGCAAAUCCUAUAAAUAUUAAUGAAGAACCUUAUAAAGAUAGCACAAAGCCCGUUCAUCUUGCAAAUAUGAAAACAUUGCCAAAGAAACUAGCAGGACUUUGCUUACUUGAUGCAAAGGUGUAUCUGAAUAAGAAAGAAGGUCUUACAUCAUCCAGUUCAGGCGCAGUGAAAAAUUCCAAUAUAUCUGCUCCACAGAAUUCUUUGGGCAGUGUGAAUGUAAAUGGUGAUGCACACCCGGAAACUCACUCUGGGGAUAACCUCCAACAUUUACCCUCUAGCGGGAUUCACCCACCGAAACACUCAGGAGAUGGCCUCCCAACCCUCCCUCCCAGAGAUUCCCAUCCACUGACUAACUCACCGAUUGAACUCCCAGCUUUAUCCUCCAGUGAAGUCCACCAGUCGAUACCCUCUAGUUGUGUACUUCCACAACACAGUUCAGGUAUCUCAGGACAGGUUGGAUUUGCUGAAGUAACUCCCAAGAAUUUUGAUAUCCACACGCCUCUGAAUGGUCAACAUACUGGAAAGAUUAAGAAUCCAAAUUAUUCGUCAUUCGCGGUAAGAGUAUUCAUUUCUCAAAUCGUAUUUAUCUAGUAGUCACUACUGUAAUCAGGGUUCAUAGCGGUCUUUAAGGUCUUUGAAAAGUCUUUGAAUUGUGUGAAAAAGCAACGAAAGUCUUAAAAAUCUUUAAAUUCUUUAGUGAGUAUUUGAUUAUACGAUUUCCUAGCUAAUAAAAUCGAUUGAUUGAAGCAAGAUUUUCGCAAAUAUCGACGAAAAGGCACAUUUUAGCAUGUGAUUUGACGGGACUAAUUAUUGGGUAAAAAUGGUGCUUACACUCGCAAUUUUUCGAAAGCUGAUUUCUCUCAAAGGUCUUUGAAAAGUCUUUGAAAAUAGGCAGAAAAAAUCUUUGAAAGUCUUUGAAUUUUUUUGGUGUUGGAGACUACGAACCCUGUGUAAUUAACAGUGAAGAGAUUUUCUGUGACCACUAGCCAAAUGUUCUCAUGAAAUAAUCAGAGAAAUCUAGGAAUAUUGGCUAAACGUAUGUGGCAAUAACUUUUAAGCGCUAACAAGCUUUUACAAUAAGUGUAUAAAACACAUUUGGUGGACAUUUUGCUAAAGGCCAUAGACCAUUUACAGAUUUUCUGGACUGUAGCAUUUUACACGCAUAGCCUCACCUUUAUUUUUUGAUUUCUUUUGAAUUUUAUUCAGUUUUUUCUGCAAAUGGUCUAUGGUACACGAGACAACUUUCUCUGAAACUUGACAUAUAAUUUCGGACCCAAAGCAUGCAUUUAUGUACUAUAAAUAUGUAAACGUACUCACAUACCGCAGACUCGCUGACACUUUACGAAAUAUUACCAUCCUCUUAAUGAGGUGCAAUUCUCUUUAAAACGUUUCUCCCUCGUGAUUCACAGGAAUUUUUUUACAAAAACAUUAAUGUUUUGAAGAUGGGAAAUAAUACUAUUCUUGUAAACCAUUUGUAAAACCCAUCAAUGGAUAACGCGAAUAAUUACCAUCAAUGGUACCAUUAAUAUGAAACAAAAUUACGAGAAAUGGGAAAUCAUUUUGAAAAGAAUAAACCAUUACUGGAUUGUACUAUAAAACAUAUUUUUUCGCAUUUAUUUAAUGUUAUUGAAUUUGUUAAUAAGAAUUAUACAUAUACCAGUAUAAAAAUUACUUUCUCCAUUCACGGUUUUUUUCCCUGUGAUAAUAGGAAGCUCUUACUCCAGCAAUAAUACAUAAAUGUCGAAAGAAAUCGUCGAGUUCAAUGGACAACAUUCUCGUGCAAUGUGAACAACGAACAGUUUUGAAAUUCACCGACGUUCUUUCACCAAGGUAUGUUCACCUGUUCUAAAGUAUGGCAUGGAACUAAAAAAGACAAAGUAUACAUUCAGAGAAAAGGCUACAUGGAGUGUGUGUGUGUGUGUGUUUGAGGGUAGGAAGAAAUUUGCCCGAAUAGACCUUUCCCCUGUCAUAAGUUUCCCCAUUCAGUUUGAUCAUCUGAUUAUCAAUUUCCCGUUUGUAAUGCAAAAUGACUGAAAAACUGCAAACUUCGCAAGGCUAUAUUAUCCGCAUUUUACAACAUUUCGCAGCGAAACUUCGGAAUAUUACUAAUUUUGUGAUGCUCUUUCAAGACUUGUUCAGACUUGUCUAGAUCAAAAUUUCACUCAAAAAGGGAAAGGUCUAAUAUAUAUAUAUAUAUAUAUAUAUAUAUAUAUAUAUAUAUAUAUAUAUAUAUAUAUAUAUAUAUAUAUAUAUAAGUAUAUAUAUAUAUAUAUAUAUAUAUAUAUAUAUAUAUAUAUAUAUAUAUAUAUAUAUAUAUAUAUAUAUAUAUAUAUAUAUAUAUAUAUAUAUAUAUAUAUAUAUUUCGCACGACCUUACGUAUUUAUUGUGCAUUUAAAUUUAUUUGCCGCAUCUUUUUUCCCAAUUUACGUUAACAAUUUACCCAACUUCAAUUGGGGCUGAAUAAAUAAAAGAUCGUUUAUGGCCAUAUAUUUGAUUGAUACAAAACGAGUCAAGUCCGAGCAAAAACCUGUUUAUAUGGUCGUUAUUUCAAAGUAAUCUUUUUUCUACCACAGUGUUCUGGCAAAAUGUGUGAAAGUUGGCGAAGGAACUUUCGGUGAAGUUUAUAAGACAAACGACGGUGUUCAAGAUAUUGCAUUAAAGGUUUGUAUAAAUAGAGUCCAAUAUGUCAAUUACAAAAUGAAUUGUUAAUUCUGCUUAUACUUGCUCGUGGCGCCAGGGAGUUUAACUGAAAUGAACAACGUUGGAUUGGAUCAAAUCAAAUCAAAUGGUCACACAAUUUUCAGAAAACUAAAACUGAUAUGACGCAAGUUGAAUGAGCGCUUUUCUUAACUCUCGCAACAUUCCCGCGCGUGUUUGGAUCAGGCCAUCCAAACACGGAAACCACAAAGUAAUUGUAUAAUUACACAUGCAGAAUGAAACAAUACCACAAUUUAGGAAAUUCAUUGCUGGUAAAACUCGCCGUUCAUGUACCUUAAUUCUGCUGGUCUUUCGCAGAUCCAAUCAUCAAUAUGUCGCUGCGGCGUAGUAUACUAGAUUUAAGCUUAAAUUAGAUUUCGGACCAUGUAUAUAUUACAUGGAAUAACCAAUCGUUGAAUUGAUAUAGCACCAAUAAUACUCUGUGCAGAAUGCUGUCAACAACAAAACGAUAACUCUGCAUGAUGUUCAUCGACAAAACGUAAUGCCAGUUCUAAGUCGUGAUUUUUGUCUUCGAGUAUUUGAACGAGAAACGAGGUCGCACAAUGACUCAUCUACAAGAUGUUAAAAAAACUUUAAAACUUUAAAUAUUAAUUAGACGAAACCGAAUUUAAGUUUUAAUUAGAGCUGUCACAUUACUACAAUACGUUAGGCCACAUAAAAUAAAUUCCUUGAUUCUCAUCACUAGACUUUGAAAAUGUCGAAGAGCCGGGAGGUUUAUAUUUUAUAUUUAUAUAAUUUAUCAUCAAUAAAUAAAAAACUGAUAAUUCCUAACAUUUAAUAUUUCUGUGAUUUCCAAAGUGAAGUGUUACAAACCAAAAUGAACAUAUUUCUCCACGAACAAUGACUGAACCCUUCAACUGAAUGCGAAGUUCCGUUAAAAUGCAAUGAAAUUUCUUUCAAGGUUCUAUUUGUUUGAAAUUGGCAGUUUAAAAUGGCACUAAAAACCCAAUUUUAAAUAUAAAAAACUUAACUGUCUUGAAAUAUUUUGUCGGGCGGUUCAUUUAUAUUGUAUAACAAAAUAUAAAAAAAUUUCACGCGGCUCUUAAAAUACAGUCGGGCGGUGAUGAGAAUCAAGGAAUUUAUUUUAUGUGGCCUUAUAGCUAAUUUGAAUUUGAAAGGGUUCAGUUGUUUUUUUAUACACACUGUAGAACAAUGGUGUAAUCACCUGCAACUUAAGACCAAAACGCUGCGAAAACGAUUAGUGCAUGUGCAGUGACGUAGUCAUACGCGGGGUGUGUAAAAAAACCGAGACCUUUAGAAAUCAAGCUAUUGUUGGAAUUUGAAUGCAUAGCACUAUCCUCAACCCACGGUUGCGUAAAAUAGAGUAGAAACGAAUUUUAUGCAUGACAAAGUUAUUUAAUUAAAGGCACAGUUCAGCCUUUUGAACGAUGGUUUUUAAGGCGCAUUUCAGCCCUUUUAAUUGAAAAAACUAACUAGGAAAAUCAAUUAAAAGCAUAAUUCAAGAUCACCAAACUUAAUGUUUUUAACAUUUUAAAACAUUUUUAUUGUUAAAAACAUCGAGUUCACUGAUUUUGAAUUAUGCUUAAUUGAUUUUCCUAGUUAGUUUUUUCAAUUAAAAGAGCUGAAAUGCGCCUUAAAAACCAUCGUUCAAAAGGCUGAACUGUGCCUUUAAUUGCUGUAAAUUAAUGGUUGGAUAAGAACACUAGGUCUUGUACUCAUGGGGCAAAACUCAAAGAAAUUAGAAAAUUUAAAAGAAAUCCACUAUUCCUUGUGUUCUUACCCAACCAUUAAUUCAAGGCAAUUCGGGGCUGUUCAUAUGAGCCCUGCUCUGCCGGGCUGGUUUUCAAGUGCCGAGAUCCCGCCUCACAUAUUGUUUGUAUAUUAAUUUAGGAUUGGGUUCAUAUGAGAAGCGGGCCAGCCCGGUUUGCCGGGAUCUCGCUUGAGCGAGGCAAGAUCCCGGCUUGCCGGGCUUAUAUGAAUGCACAACCGGGCUAGCCCGGCGGGCUGGAAAUUUGCGUGCUUUAUUCCACUGAUAAACAGUCCAAAAUGUCCAAAACUAUAGGAAUUUAUCGAAAUUAAACCUCCUGAAGUUGUUGCCGUCGACAAAAAUAAAAUUUUGCCAAAUAAACACGAAUUUUAUUUCCCCGCUAAAAUAUCGCGGGAAAUCGUUACUAUGAAUAGAUAUGAUUGCCGGGCUAGCCCGCCUCAUGUGAAAGCAAAGCGGGCCAGCUCGGCAAAGCGGGCCAGCUCGGCAAAGCGGGCCAGCUCGGUUAACCGGGCUCAUAUGAACAGGCCCUUAGAGCUGUCAAAUUACUACAAUACGUUAUAGCUAAUUUGAAUUUUAUACACCCUGUAUAUUCCCUUGUCAAGGGAGAACAAUACGAAAACGGAUUAUUAUGGAUGUAGCCUACGUUAAUUGAUGCUCACGCUGGUACCGCUGAACUGAAUACUAUCCGGAUUAUAGGCGCGUGUGAAUCCGAGUUCGGGAUCAAAUUCAGACAAAAUUUUACGAGUUUGUUUGUUUUUCUUUCGGAUCAGAUUUUUGUAGUAGUUCCUCAUCAGAUCGAAUCGGAUAUAUUUUUGCUACUGUUUGAGUACUGGUUAUGUGUCAGUUUUGUUAUUUAACGUCAUUAACCUCGCGAAAACGCAAUUGAUCUGCCACUUUACUUCAACCACUGAUCUAUUUCUAGAUCAGUGACUUCAACUUUGGUUUAAUGCUUCACAAUUAUGGUUGAGAUUUUAGAAUUUUAAGAAAACACAAGAUCUUCGUCAAGCGUUUCUUUGACCAUGGAUAGUAUAAAGACAGAGGUAUAAAGACUUAGGACAAUCCAUAGUCUUAUUAUCAUCCAUGCUUCGAUCAAAAAUGUUCAUUUAAAAAAUGUUAGUAUGUUACCCAGUAUCUGCAUCCCACAUAUAGGAUCAGAUUGCGAUUUUAGCAUUCGAGAGCCUUCAGUAAAUAAUAAAUUGAAACGUUGCGAAGGCUCUGGUUCAACGGGAGGAUUCUUUGAUUAAACCGCGCCAAUCACAAAACAGAAUUUGUGGUUUUAGUACAGAAUCUGCAUGUACUAAAACCACUAAUUCUGUUUUGUGAUUGGCGCGGUUUAAUCAAAGAAUCCUCCCGUUGAACCAGAGCCUUCGCAACGUUUCAAUUUAUUAUUUACUGAAGGCUCUGGAAUCCAGGGUAGCAUCGGAUCGGAUGUGAUAAAACAUUUUUCGGCUUGAUUGGGAUCGGAUUACAUUUUUUAGCUUCGAAAUCGAUCGGAUUCGGAACUUGGACAAAACUUUGGAUUCAAAGUCAAAGAGCCGAUUCGACGUACACCUCUAAUUCGGAUUUUUGGGGUUUUUUUCUUCAAAUAUACGGAUUCAUGAGGGGUUUAGACUACACAGCCUGACCGAUUUAACUGUUAGAUUUAAGAGCAAUGAAUUUAGAAGACACACGCAGGAUUGGAGCAAAUUAAUUUGGAUUCUUUACGGAAAGCGUUUACACGAGAAUUUAUUUCCGCAUUUAUACUCUAUCUGUGAUUAUCUUGUAUCAAAUUCAUGAUUAUUAUAACGGCAAAAUCAAUCCGAUAUGAUAUAUUCCCCGGGAUUUGCAACGAAUCCGAAAAUGUUUGGUGUGUGUAUCUGGAGAUCUGAAAACUGUUUUCCAAAUAGGUUUAAGAUUUGAUACAACUUUCCUGAAAGGUAGCUAGAAAGGUACCUGGAAUACUUUCAAACCUGUGUUAAAUACUAAUAUAUACGAGAGUUUAAGAGUUUACCUGUGGCUUGCCGUCUUCUUUAAUUGCAGUAAAUUUGAAAUAAAGUUAUGUUGUUAGGUUAUUCCUGUUGAAGGAAAUUUCACUGUCAACAAUGAACCACAAAAAUCAUUCGAAGAGAUGACUCCAGAAAUUGUCAUAUCAAAGUAGGUCUUAUAUAUAAUACAUUUCGUUUGUGAAAAUACCACGUGAAUUUAUUACUGCAAAGCAUUCGAUCUGUAAACCCGGAUCUUCAUCAUGCAGUGCUAAUAAUAUCAUAAGUGCACAUUAUAAUAACUGCAUGCAUAUAAUAAGUGCACUGAUGUAGAUCCGGGCUUAGCACUGAUGAAGAUCCGGGCUUACGGAUCGAAAGCUUUGCAGUAAUAAAUUUACGUGGUGUUUCCACAAACAACAAGUAAUAUAAGUUUUAUCGCCAUGUAAACCUACAAAGAAAGUAGGUCUUAUCCUACAAUUUGUACUUUUAUUGAGCCACUGUUCCAGCAUCAUUAUUAAGUAAUGAAAGUCUUCACUCUUUUUCCACAAACGAUAGCAAUGAGCUUUUAUAAAAUUUAUCUUUGUUUCUUUUCAGUUCUAAAAUUCCAAAAGAAGAAAAUUUAGAAAUAAAAUAAGCUCGAUAAACAGUAACCGAGAAUUAAUAACGCUAUUUGCGUAACCAAAUAUAAGUAUAUAACCAGAGUGCUGCAUGGUCACAUUUACCAGACAUAUGGUAGGAAGUGAGACAAAAUAAGAAGGCUGGAUUUUGGUGGGAAAAUAUCAAGGGCUUGCGGCUUCCAUGAAAUGUUAGGGCUUAGAACUUACUAAAGUCAACUGCGUGACGUAUGCACAGUGGUGUCAAGUAACGAAGUAAAUGUACUUCGUUACUGUACUUGAGUACUAUUUUUGAGAAGUGAGCAUGUAGCAAAGUAAAUUUUUUCUGGAGUACUUUUACUUGGAACGAAGUCGUUUUAAGAAGUAACGUUUUACUUCGUUAUUUUCAUUUUGUGACGAAGUAUUUCGUUACUUUCUAACUUUUGUUUAAUUUUACGUGAUUUAUUUCUGUUUUAUUUUAAAUUUGGGAUAGGUAAUAGGACCUCUAUACAUGCGUCUGGGAUCUUUCGUUUGUGGCUUAUUUAUAAGCAUUUAUUUAAUGGAUUUUUCUUCAACGGGGUCUGCAGAGUAGACCAUGCCGUGAAAUUUCGUAUAUUAGGCGAUGCACGCAUAUAAUGCGUGUGCUGGUUUGUGCAGUCUUUUGUAUGUCAAUCCAUUGGAGAAGUCCCCCCCCCCCUACACGCUACAGACAAUAGUACUUUUACUUUUUACUUCAAGUAUUUUUUUAAGGAUACUUUGUACUUUUUACUUUAUGUAUCAGUGUAUUCAUGAAUUAAGGUUGUACUUCCAUCAACGGGUACUUAAUUUAACACAGAUGAAUGGCUAGCAGUUUUGCUCCCAUGAAAUGUUACGGCUUAUAGAACUUAAUACUGUACCACACUAAAGUCAACAACGUGACGUAUGCAUGUACUGUACAUCAAUAUCAGUGUAUUCAUGAAUUAAGGUACAGAUGAAUGGCUGGCAGUUUUGCAGAAAACGUCUUAAAAAGUGUACGCCGUAAGAAACACAUAAAAAAUUUGUCAAACUUUCACUUUGAUCUCUCAUUUAAUAUUUUCCUAGAGGAGGUGCUUGAUCUUUCAGGGGAGGUGCAAAACGAUCUUGGGGUGGUGCGCACCUCCCCUCAAAAUUCGGCCAAUGCAAAAUGACGAAGACAUUUAACCAGGGAUAUUGGGCUAACCCAAAUAGUGUUAUUUCUGGGUUAACCAGAAAAGAUUUAACUACUAGAGUGUUUUUAGUGCAUACUAAUCCACCACUAUCCCCGACUAGGAAAAUUAGUCGAAGAUUUCAUAUUGUCACACUGUUUUGAAAUUGAUCGACGAUUUUUUAAUAUUUUUCAGAGAGCUUAGUAAACUUGGUGAAUGUGACGUAAGUUUGUGUGCUUCAGUCUUACAUUUUCAAUACAAAAUCUAGUUAUACUAAUCUUGAUUGGUAAUUGUAUGUUUCUGGCUGUUAUACAGGACGUUCAGAAUGCUGCUCAUGUUUGCUCAAACUUUAUAAAAGUAAAAAGGUAAAGAUUAAAUUGCCUGAUUUAUUAGUGACGUGUCAUCGGCGUCUUGCUGUAAGCACUACAUACAGGACAGUUCGCCUUGUAAUUCAUCUGUAAGUGUUACAUACAGAUGAAUUACAAGGCGAACUGUCCUUUAGAUUCCUUGUUCGAGUUUGGCAGACAAACUAAUAGCCUUUCUCACGAUGACGAAUAUCCGCCAUUUUUGGGUGGCAUCCAAUUCUCGUUAACCAAUGCAGACAACUCAAACAAUGUGAAAAGCAAUUUUUCAAAAUAAACUAACCAUUUACAAAGCAAACUUACCAUAAUUUGUCAAAAAUAUUAUAAAAAGUCGCUGUUAUGUGGACUUAUCUCGCAGACCUCGGCUGAAAUGCCACCCAAAAAUGGCGGCGUGAGAAAGGCUAUUGUAAAGAAAACCACUCAUCUUCAGUAUAAUCAGUCCAUUGGCAUUGUAUGAAAUUAAUACAGUUUAAUGCCUAAUGGUCGAGGUUGGGACAGUAGUUUGCGGUUGAGAAGAGUUCUAAGACCCAAUUCAAAGUAGCAGUUGUUGCAGCUUGAAAUGUAAGCGUUGCAUACAAGACGUGACAAUCUGACUUGCCGUUGUAAAUAGAGCGUCUAAAGCUCCAGUAUAGAUCCUUAAUUAUUAAUUUGUUUUCUACAAUAUUAUAACAAUAGCGUUGAUGUUCGCGGGCAUAAAUAUGUUUUUGGCGAGGGUUAAAUGAGUUCUGGAGGGCCAAAAAAUAUUUAUGCCCAAGAACAUUAAUGUAUUGUACAUUAUUUAAUUAACUGUAUUGUACAUUUAACUGCAUGUAUUGGACAUUAACUGUAAAAGAUAACAAAAUAGACAUAAUAAGUUCCCCGUAUGUUUGCAUGGCGAUAAAACAUAUAAUAGUUUUGUUUGUGGAAACAGCACGUAAAUUUAUUACUAUAUUAUUAUUAUUAUAAUAUACAUAUUAUUAGCACUGAUGAAGAUCCGGGCUUACGGAUCGAAAGCUUUGCAGUAAUAAAUUUACGUGCUGUUUCCACAAACAAAACUAUUAUAAAAUAGACAUAAGUUCUACAAUGCCCCCUUCACGCUAUACCAAUUAUUCCGUUAACGUUGUCUUAACUAUACAAACUCAGUUUAUAAGCUCGGAAAAAAACGUAAAGUAAACGCAAAAGACAAAAAGAAUAAGAAAAAUAGUUCACACAAUUUAUAAAGUGAUAGUUUUGGUAUUAAAAUAAAGCUAGUUUCGUUUGUUAAAGAUAAACGAACUAUGGAUAAACUUCUAGGUACUUACUGGGCAGUUCUUUUGGGUAUAAUUUAGAGUGAUGCUUGUUCAAGACAGUUAUCCUGAAAAAUUGUUGCAGGAGUGGGACAGAUGGAGAACAAAACAUAAUUGUGAAAAUGAACGUCCUGGUGGGUGUGCUAAUGUACAAAUAGUAAACUAUAGAACUGCAUUUGAAUUUAUAUGUCGUACCUGCAUGGUAGAUGCUGAAAAAUUCAAAUCCCAGAUCUAUGUUGUCUACCCAAAUGACAAUUCGUAUUAAGGAAGAUAAAAGGCUACGAAUCUGCCGACACUUUCUUCAUCCUCUCCUUCGUCUUUUACCCAGCCCUAGACUGGUCCUCCAUCCUUUUAUAUCCUUCAUGAUAUUUUCAGUAAAUUCCUUCAAAUUAAAUCGUAUUUUACACAGUCCAUCCAUCUUUUCUUUGGUUCCGUUUUAUCUCAAGCUGCAUUUCUCCAUCUUGCUCCUUCACCCCUAAUUCUUAUUAGAGAGUUUAAAAGCCUGUUUUCCAGCGCUUCCAGUGCUUUUAUCGUGUUCUCCCAACAUUCCCCUCAUGAAUUAUAGAGAGAAUAAUACAUGGGUGCGCGGAAAUACCAGAUUUAUUUCGAGUGUUGAACAUGAUAUCUCAUGAUAUCUCUGAACAUGUUUAUUAUAUAAAGGACAGUCUUUGAAAAGCGAUCAUUUUUACAGAAAAGUGAUAAUUGAAAAGCGAUAAUUUUCACAUGUGAGAUUAUCAUGAAUAAUCUCACAUGUGAGAUUGAAUAAUCUCACAUGUGAGAUUAUCACUUUUAUCAGUGCUCGAAAUCUCUUUCAAAAACUCAUUAAUAAUUCAUGAAGCAAUUAUCCAAUCUUGAGUAAGAAAUUAGUCGCGUGCAUACAUCUUUAUACCAGCUAAAGAACACUUUAACAAAAGACCAUUGUUAUGCAAACUAUAUAAAGAUUUUUAUAUAAAGAUUUUUAUAUAAAGAUUUUUAUAUAAAGAUUUGACUUAUUAUGCAAACGUUUUUGAAGCCAUUUAAAAAACUCGCAGGUCGUGUUUUAUUAGGUCUAAAGCCACUCGCGCUGCGCGCUCGUGGCUUUAAACCUAAUAAAACACUCCUGCUCGUUUUUUAAAUAGUACAUAAAGCACUAUAUUUUAUAUAAUAAAACACCAUAAAAGCAUGCAACUCGUUUUCAUUUUUCUAAAUAAUGCGUCUAUACUUUCUAGAUAUGUUUGAAUCUGAUCAGUAUUUCGUUGUAUUCGAAUUUCUCAAUGGUGGUGAGGAUAUGGAACGUUUCCAAUUUAAUUCCAUGGAUCAAGCAUUAAGUGUUUUACAACAAGUCGCUUUAUCACUGUCCGUAGCCGAGGAAUCACUCCUGUUUGAACAUCGAGAUCUACACUGGGGAAAUGUUCUUAUUAAGAAAACAAAAUGCAAGGAAAUUCACUAUAAGUUAUGCGGAGAAGAUAUAUUUGUCAAAAGUGCGGGUGUUUUUGUCAGUAUUAUUGACUUCACACUAUCUCGACUUACAAAAGGUACUCUCGGCUAGUAUACUAAUAUAAUUAUGUAAUAAAGUGCGACUAACAGUUAUAAUUCCGGUAUAUUUUAAGUAAGGAAAAGUGCACUAUUAUCUGUAAUUUACGUACCCUAUAUUCAAUUAAGUUUAUGUAUGUAUGCGUCUUUAAUGCAGAACUUUAUGCCACCUUCUCCACUAUCAAAUUUGCCCAAUAUGACGUCAUUAGAUGAAUUACAGAUUCUUACUAAAAAUAUACAAUACAUUUCUUUUAUAAUGGGUCCAAAUAUUGCACAUGCAAAAAAUAUUUGGGGUUAGUGCCACUUUAACUUAAUAUUGCGGUUAUAACAAUUUAUAGCGGCAAGGCUGCAGUUUUAUUGCAAGCAGUUUAGCUGCUAUAUAUAGAUUCUACCGUAUAAGCAACUACCGUAUUAUUGUUCAAUAAUUCCUAACUUCAUAUUAAACACUCGCGAUCGAUGGACUAAUAUCUUGUUUGAACAGGUCCUUUUAGGUCUGGGGAAAAUUUCCGAAAAUUUUGAUGUUUCCUCAAAUAUUUCCUUGUUUGCUCAGCCCUGAAAAACACUGUCGUGGAAAAAUCUGAAAAUAUUUGUUCCCUCGAUUGUGUUCCUCUUCCCCACCGCCGAAAAUAUUGUUUCAACAUUAAAGUCUAGCGACUAUUAUCUUUAUUACAGUUUAUCUCAUUAAAUCGCAAUGCGUGUUUUAUCGUUGUCUGGUUUAAAUAAGCAUGUCUCUAAUAUUUCUAAACUCAAAUUAACAUUUGCUUCACAGAUGGAACAACGGUGUAUUGUGAUCUUUCCAAGGAUCCUAACAUAUUCAAAGGCAAGGGAGAUUAUCAGUUUCAGGUCUACAGGCUGAUGCGGAAAGCUAACAGGUAAGUGGUAUUGUCUUCUCCAAUUGAUGCUAGUAUAUAUAGUUAUCGUGUAUGAAUCCCACUUCUAAUAUACCUUUCGUUAACAUAGGCAACUUUUACGUUUCCUCAACAUCUGAAAACCUUUACGUUUCCUCAAAUUUUACUUAGUUUCUAGUUUGGCAACAAUGGGGGAUGCAGUACUUUGACAUAAAUAUUUGAAUGGUAAUCAAUUUGAAUUCGGGAAGUUUUGCUUCCCAGGAAAAAUAGUCCAAGUGUAUAGUUUCUGUGGUUUGUCAACUUUUCGGAAAUAUGGCUAGAGAUGGGCGUCAGUCCUGGUCAUGCGAAAGGGGGGUUCCUUUUUAUCGAUUUUUGGAUUUGGGAAGGCAUGCAAUUACUAAAUUACACUUAUCACUAAACGUAUAAUAAAGGAAGAAUGGCUAGAUCCAUCCAUGCUAGGUAACAAUGAUUCUGCAACAAUUAAAGGCCCGUUCCAACCUGACCAACAUGUUGGUCAAAUAACGUUGGUAUGCACCAUGUUGGGUAAUGUUGCAUGGAAGAUGUUGGACCGGGUUUGACCAACAUUGUACAAUAUCUGACGAUCACGUGUGAUUAUUGCAUGGCAUUGGUGAUUACGCGUGAUCAUUGAACACGUGCCCCACAUGCAACAUUAGCGAACUUAAGCAAGGCUUAAUCUAGUACAGGGACAUGCAAAGAAACAGCCUUAAAUUUUACACUUCUAUAAUUAUAAACUACUGUUUUUAAGAACUUCGAUAUGCAGGACGAAAGUGCAACGAAGACGGGUGAUCAUAUUUAACAAUUAAAAUCCCAUUUUAAAUGUCGCCGUUGCUCUGUUUACCACGGCGAAAUACAGAUCUGUUUAUCACAUCUUACAUAAAAUGCUUUCGUUUCAAGCUGGGACAACUGCUGUUGUAAAUUGAGUCCGAGAACGCUUUUCAAUCAUAAACCCUGUGUUAACCUUGAUCCUGAAACUGUAUUAUUUUCAUACAAUGCCACAUAAAAAAUAGUUGGUUAGCGUCCCCGCCCGCCCACAAAAAAGGCCCCGCUCAGGAUUUUUUUUAUUUUUUAUUUAAAAAAAAACCCCCAAUUUGUAUUGAUCAAUGGGCUCUAAUAUAUGUAGUAUUUCUGUUGACUGUAGUCAAUUGUGUUAAUAAUUUGCGAAAUUGCGUGCGAAAAUGACGGUAUGAAUCAUAUUUUGAAAUAUAUAAAAAAAAUCUGUACUGCGCAAGAAAAUCCAGUUUAGGACCUAACAUGAGUGAGUAAAACCAAGGCGUUAAAAAUUAGUAAAAAUUUUAAAAAAAGCGGCCGCCCGCCCACUUUUUGGCAAAAGCUAAGGACGCUAACCAACUAUUUUUUUAUGUGGCCUAAUAGACGAUAGGCUUUCGUCUGCAAUCAUUUGGUUCAACGAGUUUGUUUGCCGUCGUACAUGCUUUUAUUUUUAAAGUCGCUGUCUAACACAGACCACUUUCAUUUUACAGACGAUGUUGGACUCGUUUGAACGGGGACUUAGUGUUUCCUAGUUGGCACUAUAUUGGCCUUUUACCAUGAACUGACCGGCACAUUAAUACCUUAAAUUUAUCUUUAGCAAUGAUUGGGAGUGUCAUAAACCAUACUCGAAUGUCUUGUGGAUGCGGUAUUUGAUCGACAAAGUACUCAACGCCAAAAAGUACAAGAAAGCAAACAACAGUAUUCAGAGAAGCAUAAGAACAUACCUUCGGCAAGUUCUUUCAUAUGACUCAGCAUUAGAAGCUGUACAAGACGGUUUUCUGGGCCUUGAUGUUAGUGAUGAACAUUAG